UGCACUCCGUGGGCGCUCGGAAACCCAGGUACACAACAGUAUCUUCUCAGAGCUGUUCUCCACUCCUGACUUCUCCGCAGCCUUGAGAAUAGAUAACGCACUUUUACUGGUCCUAAUAGAGUGUGGAAGAAGGCUUUGGACAGAACAGAAAACAGGUUCCGUAAGAGGGAACACAGUUUGGGAGACACCAUGGCCAGCUGUCAACUGCAGCCGCAGCUUGAGGAGAGGAGCCCCCAGCCUAGCAUCUCGGGGUAUCCCCUCCUGGAGGUGACAGAUGAUGAACUGCCAGGAGUAUCAGUCCCUUGGGUAGAUCCCGGCACCCCGAGUAAGUUCCUUUAUCGGAACAUGAAGAGGGAGUGGUCGGACGAAUCUAAGGAGGAGCCCAAGGAGGAGACAGACAAGAAGCCUGAGGAGACCUGGGUGCUGGACCCCCUGUCUGGGCUCAAGAUUGAGUUAAAGCAAGAGCCAGUGUCACCCGUGCUCCCUGAGGACUACAAGGCUUUCAACACGCUGCCUGAUCCCGACACCCCGAGUAAGUUCCUUUACCGGAACAUGAAGAGGGAGUGGUCGGACGAAUCUAAGGAGGAGCCCAAGGAGGAGACAGACAAGAAGCCUGAGGAGACCUGGGUGCUGGACCCCCUGUCUGGGCUCAAGAUUGAGUUAAAGCAAGAGCCAGUGUCACCCGUGCUCCCUGAGGACUACAAGGCUUUCAACAUGCUGCCUGAUCCCGACACCCCGAGUAAGUUCCUUUACCGGAACAUGAAGAGGGAGUGGUCGGACGAAUCUAAGGAGGAGCCCAAGGAGGAGACAGACAAGAAGCCUGAGGAGACCUGGGUGCUGGACCCCCUGUCUGGGCUCAAGAUUGAGUUAAAGCAAGAGCCAGUGUCACCCGUGCUCCCUGAGGACUACAAGGCUUUCAACAUGCUGCCUGAUCCCGACACCCCGAGUAAGUUCCUUUACCGGAACAUGAAGAGGGAGUGGUCGGACGAAUCUAAGGAGGAGCCCAAGGAGGAGACAGACAAGAAGCCUGAGGAGACCUGGGUGCUGGACCCCCUGUCUGGGCUCAAGAUUGAGUUAAAGCAAGAGCCAGUGUCACCCGUGCUCCCUGAGGACUACAAGGCUUUCAACAUGCUGCCUGAUCCCGACACCCCGAGUAAGUUCCUUUACCGGAACAUGAAGAGGGAGUGGUCGGACGAAUCUAAGGAGGAGCCCAAGGAGGAGACAGACAAGAAGCCUGAGGAGACCUGGGUGCUGGACCCCCUGUCUGGGCUCAAGAUUGAGUUAAAGCAAGAGCCAGUGUCACCCGUGCUCCCUGAGGACUACAAGGCUUUCAACAUGCUGCCUGAUCCCGACACCCCGAGUAAGUUCCUUUACCGGAACAUGAAGAGGGAGUGGUCGGACGAAUCUAAGGAGGAGCCCAAGGAGGAGACAGACAAGAAGCCUGAGGAGACCUGGGUGCUGGACCCCCUGUCUGGGCUCAAGAUUGAGUUAAAGCAAGAGCCAGUGUCACCCGUGCUCCCUGAGGACUACAAGGCUUUCAACAUGCUGCCUGAUCCCGACACCCCGAGUAAGUUCCUUUACCGGAACAUGAAGAGGGAGUGGUCGGACGAAUCUAAGGAGGAGCCCAAGGAGGAGACAGACAAGAAGCCUGAGGAGACCUGGGUGCUGGACCCCCUGUCUGGGCUCAAGAUUGAGUUAAAGCAAGAGCCAGUGUCACCCGUGCUCCCUGAGGACUACAAGGCUUUCAACAUGCUGCCUGAUCCCGACACCCCGAGUAAGUUCCUUUACCGGAACAUGAAGAGGGAGUGGUCGGACGAAUCUAAGGAGGAGCCCAAGGAGGAGACAGAGAAGAUGCCUGAGGAGACCUGGGUGAUGGACCCCCUGUCUGGGCUCAAGAUUGAGUUAAAGCAAGAGCCAGUGUCACCCGUGCUCCCUGAGGACUACAAGGCUUUCAACAUGCUGCCUGAUCCCGACACCCCGAGUGAGUUCCUUUACCGGAACAUGAAGAGGGAGUGGUCGGACGAAUCUAAGGAGGAGCCCAAGGAGGAGACAGACAAGAAGCCUGAGGAGACCUGGGUGCUGGACCCCCUGUCUGGGCUCAAGAUUGAGUUAAAGCAAGAGCCAGUGUCACCCGUGCCCCCUGAGGACUACAAGGCUUUUAACAGGCUGCCUGAUUCCAGCCCGCCUAAUUUCCUUUCUUGGCAAAAGAAGAGGGACUGGUCGGAUGAAUCGGAGAAGGAGCUGGAGGAGGAGACAGGGAAGGAGCGCACCCCUGAGCCUGAGGAGACCUGGGUGCUGGACACCCUGUGUGGGCUCAAGAUGAAGCUCAAACGACAGCGAGUGUCACCCGUGCUGCCUAAGCGCUAUGAGGCCUUCAACACGCUGCUUGGUCCCAGUUCGCCUUGGAUCCUUUGCCGUAAAAGGAAGAGGGAGUGGUCAGACGAAUCUGAGGAGGAUCCCGAGGAGGAGACAGGGAAGGAGCGCACCCCCGAGCCUGAGGAGACCUGGGUGCUGGAGAGGCUUCAGGGGCUCAAGAUGAAAAUUAAGCGGCGGCGAGUGUCAACCGUGCUCCCUGAGCAUCACCAGGCCUUCAACAGGCUGCUUGAGGAUCCUGUCGUGAAAAAAUUCCUGGCCUGGGACACAUAUCUGCUGGCAUCCGACAAGUACCUGCUGGCCAUGGUCAUAGCAUAUUUUAGCCGCGCCGGCCUCUUCUCCUGGCAGUACGAACGCAUUCAUUUCUUCCUGGCUCUCUACCUGGCCAAUGACAUGGAGGAGGACAACCAGGGCCCCAAACAAGCCAUCUUCUACUUCCUGUAUGGGAAGGACCGCUCCCAGCAACGAUUAUUCCAGAAGCUUCGGUUCCAGUUCUUCUGUUCCAUGCGCUGCAGGGCUUGGGUUUCCCCGGAGGAGUUAGAGGAGAUCCAGGCUUAUGACCCAGAGCACUGGGUGUGGGCACGAGAUCGUGCCAACUUUUUAUAGAACUACAGCACCGUGGAGGCCUGAGGUCAUCGGCCUGAGAGAAGAACACCGGGCCCGGGGAGAUGCGGAUUUUCAGCACGAAGUUUAUUCCAAUGCUAAUGACAGACAGACACCAGGAAGGAGGAGAGGAGCCAUUUGUGCAAAUCAUCUAGAAGAACCUGGACUGUUCUAGAAAGACCUCAAUAGCGUGACCACGCUGUCCUCCUAGGGGUGGAGGGGCGGGGAGACGGUACUUCUAGGAGUCCGUGGAGGACAGUGAGAAACCAGGGGUGUUUCUGGUUCCACCCCUUCCUGCGGCACCACCUCCCUUUUUAUAUUGCUGAAUUCCAGCCUCUCCAGGAGCAUCUGAGGGCACAGUACAGGCGCUCAGAUUGGCACAGAAUUAUUUGUAAAGUAUGAGUGCCGUCGGAUUGUAACAGGUAGCUUCAUGCAUACUAUGCAUUUUUGUGGUUUUGGAAGUGUUGGCCAUUGAAUUAUUCCUAUGUUUAUUUCAAAUAGUUUGGAAAUUGUUUUACUUUUGAAAGCUUGCUGUUCCUGUAGAGUUUUUGAUGAGAAUUAUAGCUGUUACAUAUACAGAAAUAUAGUUUUCUUUUUUUAAGAAAGAAUUCUGUUUAUCCUAAAUCUUUUAUUAAAUUGUUUUAUCUAUUAUGAUAUGUGCUCCUGAAGCGAGCACUCUUUAUCUAUGAUACUUACAUGAUAGUCUAUUAUAUUUAUAGCUAUGUGGUUGUUCGCGUAAAUCUUCUAAUAGAAAUUUUUAUUUCCUGUUUAGUGUUAGUUACUGAAUUGUGAGAAUUCAGUGGUGAUUUUUAACAUGUCUUAGAUAUAUUGUAAUAUGUUUAAUAUAUACUAUACAUUUUAUUGGUUUAUUUUGAAAAAGAUGGGCAUAGAAUUAUUACUACAUUUAUUUAAAGAGUUUGGAAAUACUGUUUUUGAAUAGAUGCUGUUUCUAUAAAGUUGUGUGAUGGGUGUUAUAGCCAUUACGUAUAUAUAAAUACAAUUUUGUUUUCCUUUUUAAGAGAGGAUUCUUUCUAUCCUAAAGCUUUUAUCUGCCAACAUUUUUAUCUGUUAUUACACGUACUCCUGACGUGGGCCCUCUUUUUAUCUAUGAUACUUACUUAAUAUAUCUAUUACCUGUAUAGCUAAGUGGUAGUUCCCCUAAAUGCUUGUAAAAAUAAAUUUGGAUUUUAUGUUUAGUGUAUGAUUUGAAAUGUGAGAAUUCAGAUGUAAUUUUUUACCUUCUAUUGACCUGUUUGUAAAUUACCUUGAAGAGGAUGUGUGUUUUGAAGGAGGCCAUGAGCUGUGUGUUUUCAAGGGAACCUGUGCAUCUCCUGGGAAACCUAGUAAACAUGAAGUUUUCUCGUCUUCACAGUGAGUGCGAUCAGAU